AUGAAAGAGAUCUUAUUGGGAAAACGUAAGUUAAAGAAUGAUGAAAACAUCACUUUGGAAGAUAAGUUUAAUGCUAUUAUUCAAAGGAAGCUUCAACCCAAUCUCAUUGAUCAAGGAGUCAACAUCAACAUGAUGUUGCUUACUAUGAUGAAGAAGUUAAAUUAUGGUGAGCUGAAACCAACUAGAAUGGCUCUAACAUUAGUUAACUGGUCGAUCAUAUACCCAUAUGGAGUUCUUGAAGAUGUCCUAAUUAGAGUCGAUUGUUUAUUUUUUCCUAUAGAUUUUGUGAUCCUAGACAUGCCUGAAGAUUUUGAAACACCACUCGUUUUAGGAGGGUCAUUAUUGGAAAUAGGUAGAGCCCUCAUUGAUGUGGAACUAAGGGAUUUAGUAUUGAGAUUUAAUAAAGAAAAUCUUGUUUUAAACGAGUUUGAACCUAUACAACAUCACAAACAAAAUCCUUAA